UUUUUGGAGGGGACUGAAGUUUGCUGCAACACCGGUCAUCAUGCUUUCUGAAAAAUGUCAAAGCCAGUGUAGGAAUAACGUUUCAGUUUAGACAUAUUGUGGGUUUUUAUUUUAACAGCCAUUGGCAUGCUGAUAGUCUGUGUUUUCUUUUGAAGCUAGCUAGAUAUUUGCACAGGAACAAUGGCCCGAGUUGUGAAAGUCUUACGGACUUUACGAAAUCACUGGAAAAAAUCGACUUUUGCUGUAUGUGUAAUGUCUUAUGGUGGACACUGGUUAUACGGAAAGCACUGUGACACUGUACUGCGACGAGAGGCAUGUCAGGAGGCUAGGGAAUUUGGUCAGAAAUUAAUUGGACCCCAGGAGUCACUACAGAAAGCCACGGUAAUCCUGAACCCUGCAGCAUGCAAAGGAAAAGCUAACAAUCUGUUUGAAAAGAAUGCAGCUCCUAUUCUACAUCUUGCUGGCAUUGAGGUUAAAAUUAUAAAGACAGAUUAUGAAGGGCAAGCCAAAAAGCUAAUGGACCUGAUGGAACAGACAGACAUGUUGAUUGUUGCUGGAGGUGAUGGAACCCUGCAGGAGGUGAUAACUGGCUUGCUGCGCAGAGCUGAUGAGGAAUCAUUCAGUAAAAUUCCCAUUGGCUUCAUUCCUCUGGGCUCUCGAAACUCCUUGAGCCCAAGUCUGCAUAUUGUUACUGACGACAAAGUGAAACGUAUCACUUCAGCAACUCUGUCUAUUCUGAAAGGGGAGACGGUGCCACUGGAUGUCCUUCAGAUAAAGAGUGAGAAGGAGCAGCCGGUCUUUGCUCUCUUAAGUUUACGCUGGGGUUCCUUCCGAGAUGUCGCUACAUCCAUUAGCAAAUUCUGGUAUCUUGGACCUUUAAAAACAAGAGCAGCACAUUGGUUUAGUACACUAAAGGAGUGGCCACAGAAUCACCAUGCUUCUGUUUUGUACCUGCCUCCCAUCCCUCGACCACCAGACCUGCCAGAUGUGAAGCCUGUGAGACCCAAUCUGCUAUAUCGCAUCUAUCGGAGAUUUAAAAACUACUGGACGCCUCCGGCAGAGGAGCCCCCUGUAGAGGUAGAACCAGAGCGCUGGGAGGAUAAGCAGAUCUCUACACUGGAGCUCACAAUCAGCACACAGAACAAGAAUCCAGUCAAAACACGGACAGAUGAUUCCCUGGUGCUCUCUGUGGAGCCAGACACACUUACAGUUGGACAAUUCAUCACAGAAGGGACUAAAAAAGCUGAAAACCCACUCGAGUGCACGGAGAAGGCACUUCAGAUCGAGGCAAGCGUAUGUCAGCUCAAUGUGCCUCAGCAGGGUGCCGGCUUUUUUGACAUUGACAAUGAAGCGUUUGAGGCCAUGCCAGUGGAAGUGAAACUUUUGCCACGGAAACUGAGGUUCUUUUGCAGCUCAGAGCGCAGAGACCAGCUAGCACAGAUGAACUGACGGAGACCUGUGCUGAAACACACAGUAGGGAAAGUACUGAGCUCAGCUCUCUUAUUUAUUGGACUUUUAACCAUGUGUCAAAAAGCUUUCUGCCCAGGAGCUAACUACACAGCAUGGAGAUGUCAAUAUGUAUUUGAUGGUUAAAGAUUUUCUUUGGAUAUUAUGACUAUAUGUAAGAAAAUACUAAAAAAAAGCCUCCAAGCUCAGUGUCAGGUUUAGGUCAGUGUCAGUAUCAGUGUGCUGCAAUACACAUAGCACCAGGAAGCUGGAUGUGAAAUGUUUGCUUUGUCUGCAGUGAAAGGAUUGAUAGAGGAUGCAACACUGUCAAGUUUUCUUAACAAACUCUUCUGUUUACAUGUGGACCAAGGACCAGACAGAAAUUCUUUGAACCAUUAUUUCAAAUGAUUAUGUAAUAGACGUUACAUUAAAAACAUGACCUGAUUCA